ACCAUCUAUUAUUAUAAUGACACUACUGACUCAACCAUCUAUUAUUAUAAUGACACUACUGACUCAACCAUCUAUUAUUAUAAUGACACUACUGACUCAACCAUCUAUUAUUAUAAUGACACUACUGACUCAACCAUCUAUUAUUAUAGUGUAACUACUUACACCAUAACAAUAAAUGGUUGAGUCAGUAGUUACACUAUAAUAAUAGAUAGUUGAGUAACUGCAGAGCAUCUUUACCUGCCGAUCUACAAAUUACAUAUCAGUAAUCUAGCAUGGGUAGGAUGGCUAUCCGAAUCAGGGUUAGUUUGGCAGCUGUAAGUAGGAAAACCUGCAAAAUCAACACAACACAUAAAAUGGCAGUGUAGUAUUAACCAACAGAGUUGUGAUUUGAUUUGAUUACUGAAGUUGCCAGAUAGAUACACAAAACGUUUGUAUUUCAAUAACAAACUAAACACAGAUACACACAAUGUUCUAAUAACACAAUUAAAACAAACAUCAUGAUGUUAAUGCAAAUGAACCACACAACUACGAAGUCAACUGUACAUCUAAUGCUAAUAGUGCUGCAUGAGCUGACAUGUCUGACCAAUGAUAAUAACUACAUGGUCUGUUUAUGUUUGUGUGUGUGUGUGUGUGUGUGUGUGUCGGGGAGGUUGUGUGUGAGUGUAACUCAGUAAUCUGUCCACCACUAAGCUGCUUUAGUCCCGUCUGCCUGGCCGCUUCGCUGCAGGGAGUUCAUUUCACUACCGACUAACGCUACACAGCAAACUGAAACUAUUGACUAACGCUACACAACAAGCUGCAACUAUUAUCCAACACUACACAACAAGCUGUAACUAUUAUCUAACGCUACACAGCAAGCUGAAACUAUUAUCCAACGCUACACAGCAAGCUGGAACUCUGAAGACAAUUAGUGGCAACUAACAACUGACAACAAGCUACGACAGGAGUUCAUUUCACUACCGACUACCAGCUAAGAACACAACAAGCAGUCACUAGCUGAAACUACAGUGUGACAGCUGUUAGAACUAUUCUGUUGGAACAAUUCUGUUGGAACUAUUCUAUCGGAACUAUUCUAUUAGAACUAUUCUGUGGAACUAUUCUGUUGGAACUAUUCUGUUAGAAUUAUUCAGUUGGAACUAUUCUGUUGGAAUUAUUCUAUUAGAAAUAUUCUGUUGGAACCAUUCUAUCGGAACUAUUCUAUCGGAACUAUUCCGUUGGAACUAUUCCGUUGGAACUAUUCUGUCGGAACUAUUCUGUCGGAACUAUUCUGUCGGAACUAUUCUGUUGGAACUAUUCUGUUGGACCUACAAGGAAGGUGGCGCCAGUGGAGUUGUCAUGGAGAAUUCUGUGUUGUGGAUAUUCCUGACAGCAACAUGUGUUAUUAAAGGUGUGUGUAGUCAGUCAGUCCAGAUGGAAGCCGGACAGUCAGGGUUCGUGGGCUCUAAGGUGGAUCUGCCAUGUAUUUUUAUCAACAGCAUCCCACCUGUCAAGAUCUCACAGGUGACAUGGCAGAAGGUGAUUAAUGGAAAGAAACAGAACGUGGCGAUAGCUAACCCGUCUCUAGGCGUGUCUGUGGCUCCGCCCUUCAAAGACAGAGUCAGCUUCAAAAACCCUGUGGUGCGGAGGAGAACUCCGUCCCUGGAGGACACCACUCUGACCUUCUCGUCUCUGCGACUGUCUGACGAGGCCAGAUACAUCUGUGAAUACACUACCUUCCCUGCUGGCAACCGCGAAAACACGGUCAACCUCACAGUCUACGCCCGACCUUCGACCCAGAUGAGUUUGUCGACACCCACACUGGUAGCUCGGUCAUCCAAUCUGAAGACGCCGGUCGCCACCUGCCUCUCGGCCAAUGGGAAGCCUCCAGGAACCAUCAGGUGGGACACGCGUGUGCGAGGUGAGGCGACCACCCAGGAGAUCCGUAACUCUGAUGGGACGAUCACGGUACGAAGCGACUUCAUCCUGGUACCCAGCAAGAAUACACAUCUAGAGAAACUCACCUGUAUCACCUCCUAUAACCAGGAGACAUAUACCGACUCUGUCACGCUGGACAUACAGUAUGAACCCGAGGUGUCAGUGGAGGGGUUCGAUGGGAACUGGUACCUGGACCGUCAGAACGUUGAGCUCACAUGUCUGACCGAUGCCAACCCACCUGUCUCUCUGUUCCAGUGGAGAAUGUUGAAUGGUUCCAUACCGAACAGCGUAGAGAUCCGUGACAAUGUCCUGUUAUUUAAAGGACCAAUCAGAUACGAGGUAGGAGGGAUUUAUGUCUGCGAUGCAACCAAUAGCAUCGGGACAAGCUCCGCCUUCAUGGAGAUCAGCAUCACAGAAGAGCCACUGCCCCAGGUGGGAACGGGUGAUGUCUUCAGUGUUCUGGGCAUGCUAUUGGCUGUGGGGCUGAUUCUGGGCGUGGCGAUCACUGUGCUGCUUCUUAACAGGAGAAAACAGAGGGGAGAGAUGGAUGCUGACUCGACAGACUCUGCUCCUUCUCUUAAACUGGCUCCUCCUCCUGCCAGGAGAAAACCUGGUGAUGAGUUCCAGGUAGAGGACGGUCAGGGAGGGUGUAUGAGGACCUCCCCAACACAGCGGACUAUGUCAGCUACCGACUGGCCUGCAACAAGGAUGACUACCCAGAACCCUACUCUCCCCCCAUCAACCCUCCCCUCUCCCUCCCCGACUCUCCACCUAUCAACCCUCCCCUCUCCUUCCUCUCCCAGCACGCCUACACCCACUCCAACAAUACCUUCUCCCCCGCCUCCCAUCCCUCCUCUGUCUUCAGAUAUCCUUCCCUCCCCUCCCUAUCCCCCCCUCCCGGCCUUGCACCCUACACCUUCCCUAAAGAACAGUAUGUCUGACCUGUAUCCACUGACCUGUAACACCUCUCUAGAGACCAUGGACCAACAGCUUUUCUCUGUCUUCUGUUCCCCUCUCCUUCAUCUUCUGUUCAUCCACUGACCUCAGAAUGUUUUCCAAUCCUAGAUAUGAGUGUGUGUGUGUGUUUAAAGUGUGUUUUGUGCAAGGGGGCAUUGUCAUGCUGAAACAGGAAAGGGCCUUCCCCAAACUGUUACCACAAAGUUGGAAGCACAGAAUUCAAUGUUAUUGAAUUAUUUCCCUUCACUGGAACUAAGAUGCCUAGCCCGAACCAUGAACAACUGCCCCAGACCAUUAUUCCUCCUUCGCCAAACUUUACAGUUGGCACUAUGCAUACAAGAAGGAAGUGUUCUCCUGGCAUCCACCAAACCCAGAUUCCUCGGACUGCCAGAUAAUGAUUCAUAACUCCAUAGAACGUGUUUCCACUGCUCCAAAGUCCAAUGGCGGCAAGAUUUACACCACUCCAACCGAUGCUUGGCAUUGCGCAUGGUGAUCUUAGGCUUGUGUGCGGCUGCUCGGCCAUUUAAUGAACCUCCCGACGAACAGUUCUUGUGCUGACGUUGCUUCCAGAAGCAGUUUGGAACUCAGUAGUGAGUGUUGCAACCGAUGACAGACGAUUUUUACGGUGAUAUGCGCUUCAGCACUACGCAGUCCCGUUUUGUGAGCUUAUGUGGCCUAUCAUUUCACAGCUGAGCCGCUGCUGCUCCUAGACAUUUCCACUUCACAAUAACAGCACUUACAGUAGACGGGGCAGCUCUAGCAGGCCAGAAAUUUGAUUAACUGACUUGUUGGAAAGGUGGCAUCCUUUGACGGUGCCACGUUGAAAGUCACUAAGGUCUUCAGUAAGGCCAUUCUACUGCGAAUGUUUGUAUGUGGAGAUUGCAUGGGUGUGCGCUAAAUUUUAUACACCUGUCAGCAACGGCUGAAAUAGCCCAAUCCACUAAGUUGAAGUGGUGUAGCAGCAGCGUAUAUGAUGAUUGUAUGUGAGUGGGUGUGUCAGUAUACUGUAUGUAUAUGUACAUAUUAUGUGUGUGUAUGCAGAUGAUGGAGUGAGUGUUUUGUAUGUGUGUUGGAGUAUCAGUGUAUAGGGCCCUGUGAGUGUGCAUAGAGACUGUGCAAAAAUAAAAAUACAAUACAAAGGUCAUCCCCGAUAGUCCGUGUAGCCAUUUUGUUAGCUAUUUAGUUAGCUAUUUAGCAGUCUUAUGGCAUGGGGAUAGAAGCCUUUCAGGAGCCUGUUGAUGUCAGACUUGAUGCACCGGUACUGCGCGGAAGCAGAGUGAACAGUCUAUGGCUUGGGUGGUUGGAGUCUUUAAUUAUUUGCCAGGCCUUCCUUUCACACCACCUGAUAUAGAGGUCCUGGAUGGCAUGGAGCUCGGCCCCAGUGAUGUACUGGUCUGUCCUCACCACCCUCUAUAGCACCAUGUGAUCAAGGGCGGUGCUAUUGCCAUACCAAGCAGUAAUGCAGCCAGUCAAUAGGAGCCCAGGAGGUGACUGAGGGGCCCCAGUGUUGAGGAUCAGCGUUGCAAAGGUGAUGUUAACUACCCUCACCACCUGGGGUCGGCCCGUCAGGAAGUCCAGGAUCCAGUUGCAGAGGGAGGUGUUCAGUCCCAGGGUCCUAAGGUUGGUGAGGAGCGUGCAUUGGACGAUGGUGUUGAACUUGUGUUUGUGUCUCUGUAAGUAAACAACGUCUAGCUUCAAAAUAUGCUGCAUUUCCUCAGGUUGAAAAGCAAUUGACAUGCUUGAAAUCCCAGGUCACAGUAACAUAAACCUUCAGAUGCACAACUAACCCUAACCUUAACCCAAACCCAGACCUCAAGUAGGUUAUUGUCCCAAACCCAGACCUCUAGUAGGACAUUACCCCAAACCUAGACCUCUAGUAGGACAUUACCCCAAACCUCUAGUAGGACAUUACCCCAAACCCAGACCUCUAGUAGGAUAUUACCCCAAACCUCUAGUAGGAUAUUACCCCAAACCUCUAGUAGGAUAUUACCCCAAACCCAGACCUCUAGUUGGACAUUACCCCAAACCUCUAGUAGGACAUUACCCCAAACCCAGACCUUAUAGUAGGACAUUACCCCAAACCUCUAGUAGGAUAUUACCCCAAACCCAGACCUCUAGUUGGACAUUACCCCAAACCUCUAGUAGGACAUUACCCCAAACCCAGAUCUCUAGUAGGACAUUACUCCAAACCCAGAUCUCUAGUAGGACAGUAAACUCAAACCCAGAUCUCUAGUAGGACAUUACCCUAAACCCAGAUCUCUAGUAGGACAUUACCCCAAACCUCUAGUAGGACAUUACUCCAAACCCAGACCUCUAGUAGGACAUUAACCCAGACCUCUAGUAGGACAUUAACUCAAACCCAGACCUCUAGUAGGACAUUACCCCAAACCCAGACCUCUAGUAGGACAUUACCCUAAACCCAGAUCUCUAGUAGGACAUUACCCCAAACCUCUAGUAGGACAUUACUCCAAACCCAGACCUCUAGUAGGACAUUAACCCAGACCUCUAGUAGGACAUUAACUCAAACCCAGACCUCUAGUAGGACAUUACCCCAAACCCAGACCUCUAGUAGGACAUUACUCCAAACCCAGAUCUCUAGUAGGACAGUAAACUCAAACCCAGAUCUCUAGUAGGACAUUACACCAAACACAGAUCUCUAGCAGGACAUUAACUCAAACCCAGACCUCUAGUAGGACAUUACACCAAACACAGAUCUCUAGCAAGACAUUAACUCAAACCCAGAUCUCUAGUAGGACAUUACCCCAAACCUCUAGUAGGACAUUACUCAAAACCCAGAUCUCUAGUAGGACAUUACUCCAAACCCAGAGCUCUAGUAGGACAUUACCCCAACACUCUAGUAGGACAUUACCCCCAAACCCAAAGCUCUAGUAGGACAUUACCCCAAAGCUCUAGGAGGACAUUACCCCAAACCCAGAUCUCUAGUAGGACAUUAACUCAAACUCAGACCUCUAGUUGGGACAUUACCCCCAACCCAACCCUCUAGUAGGACAUUACCCCAAACCCAGACCUCUAGUAGGACAUUACCCCAACCCAGACCUCUAGUGGGACAUUACCCCAAACCCAGAUCUCUAGAUGGACAUUUCUUAGAGUUCUGGAUCAGGAAUGGAUGUAUUAGAUUGUAGAUUGAGUUAUGGAUAAAAUGUCUGUAUUAGAUUAUAUUAAAUUGGAAACAAUGUUAAUCUGUAAGGAUGAGAUUACCUUCUGAUUUUAUCCACUGCUGCUAUUGUAUCCCUGACAAUUACCCAAACCCUAACCAGAAUCUUUCUUCCCCUCUCUCUUUCUCUCUCUCUCGCUUUCUGUCCUUCAAUCUUUCUUCCCCUCUCUCUUUCUCUCUCUCUCUCUCUUUCUGUCCUUCUCUCUCUCUCUCUCUCUCUCUCUCUCUCUCUCUCUCUCUUUCUGUCCUCUCUCUUUCUCUCUCUCUCUCUUUCUGUCCUUCUAUCUUUCUUUCUCUCUCUCUCUCUCUGUCUCUCUCUCUCCCUGACCAUACUGUGAUGCUUACUGUUUAAAGUUUCUACUUACUUACUUGUUUUAUUUGUUUAUUAUUGUUUUGGUUUCAUGUGUAGUUUUGGGAGUGUUUUAUUAUCUGUGAUAUUGGCAGGGUCUUAUUAUCCGUGAUAUUGGCAGGGUCUUAUUAUCCGUGAUAUUGGGAGGGUCUUAUUAUCCGUGAUAUUGGCAGGGUCUUAUUAUCCGUGAUAUUGAGAGGGUCUUAUCAUAUGUGAUAUUGGCAGGGUCUUAUUAUCCGUGAUAUUGGGAGGGUCUUAUCAUAUGUGAUAUUGGCAGGGUCUUAUUAUCUGUGAUAUUGGGAGGGUCUUAUCAUAUGUGAUAUUGGGAGGGUCUUAUCAUAUGUGAUAUUGGCAGGGUCUUAUUAUCUGUGAUAUUGGGAUAGUCUUAUUAUCUGUCAUAUUUGGAGGGUCUUAUUAUUUAUUUGUAAAAAAUGUAUUAUGUGAUAUCGGAGGGGUCUUAUUAUCUAUGAUGUUGGGGUGUCAUAUUAUAAAUUAUAUUGAGAGGGUCUUAUUUUACUGUGAUAUUGGACGAGUUUUAUUAUAUAUGAUAUUGGGAGGGUCUUAUUAUCUGUGAUAUUGGGGGGGGGGGGUCUUAUUAUCGGUGGUAUUUGGAGGGUCUUAUUAUCCAUGCUAUUGGGAGGGUUUUACUAUCUGUGUUAUUGGGAGGGUCUUAUUAUCUGUGUUAUUGGGAGGGUCUUAUUAUAUUUUAUAUUGGGAGGGUCUUAUUAUCUGUGAUAUUGGGGGGGGUCUGUGAUAUCUGUGAUAUUAGAUUGUUUAUGGUUGGGAGGGUCUUGUUAUCUGUGAUAUUGGGAGGGUCUUAUUAUAUUUUAUAUUGGGAGGGUCUUAUUAUCUGUGAUAUUGGGGGGGGUCUGUGAUAUCUGUGAUAAUGGAUUGUUUAUGGUUGGGAGGGUCUUGUUAUCUGUGAUAUUGGGAGGGUCUUAUUAUAUUUUAUAUUGGGAGGGUCUUAUUAUCUAUGAAAUUGGGAGGUUCUUGUUAGAUUGGGAGUGUCUUAUUAUCUGUGAUAUUGGGAUGUUUACGGUUGGGAGGGUCUUAUUAGCUGUGAUAUUGGGAUGUUUACGGUCGGGAGGGUCUUAUUAUCUGUGAU